CAUGUCCAAACACAGUUCAGAAAGAAAUAACACAGAUUUCAACAUGUUAACAGCAGCCAUACUGUCAGCGCUCCUGACGAUGGGGUGUCUUGGAGGGGCGGUGGCGUCGGACUUCUUUGGGAAAUCCUUCCACAAUGAUGAAACCCUGCAGAGCAGCAAUGAUGACAGACACUCUGUGUGGAAACAGGCACGCAAGCAGAUGGCUAGCGGAAUCCGCAGAAGUUUGGAUAUGGAAAGCUUCAAGCUACACGUGACCCCGGCCACCAGCAAGAUGAGCCUGCCGACCAUCAUCAGGCUGUACCCCCCCACUGCCAAACCUCUCCACAUGCACGCCAACAUGCCCCUGCGCUUCGGCAGGGACAGCAAUGACGAGAGAGUGCCCAACUCCAGCCCCAACAUGCCUCAGAGAUUCGGGAGGUCCUGGGAGGUGAUGUGUGGAGAGUGCCGCGAGGUCCGCGACGCCCCCAGCCCAUUGCUGCCUCAAAGAUUUGGAAGAAACGUUCCUUACUGGAGCCUCCUCAGGACUCUGGCCAGUGAACACAUAUUGGACACUGGUUUGCACUGGACUGAAGAUUUUGACUUUAAGACCAGCUCUGAAGAAGAUGUAGAGACAAAGAGAAGACCUUCAAAGGACGAUCAGAUCUAACUGGACCACCGUUGAUUCCUGAUUACAGCAUUUGGUGUUCUUAUUGUAAAGAUGUUUCAGGUUAUUAAAGCAAAGCUUUGAUCUAGAGUGUUUCAAUUUAUGUUGUCUUCUGAAAAAUAAUGUCACUGUCAGUAUGAGAAACUGAUCUUAAA